CAUAGAUAGAAUAAGCGCCUCAACGUAAUUCGGAGUAUCAGAGUAGGGAGUGGUUGUCCAGUUGAAUGUUUAGUUUAUUGAGAGACAUAUCUAUCGAUACCUAUUUCGCAACAAUUCCCUCAGCAAGUUACAUGAGAUGUUCCUAUAACCAUCAUUGAUAGAAUGGGAAACCAUUUUAACCUGUCAAAGGUGUAUUUAACAUUCAGCUCUCUCACAUCAGGCAUUAAUUCAUCUGUUAUUUUUUGUUUCACGAUAUAGUUCUUCGUCGAGAAUAUGUAUAAAUUGAGAUUCUAGGAAUAAGAAUGGAAAUAAUUAAGUUAAAACAAAAAUCGGGUUUUGAUAUGCUUAUUCUGAAUUACCUUCAUUAAAACGAAAGUACAGAAGUAAUGUCUAGUGUUCAAAGGAUAAAAAACAUUGAUUAUAAGCUUAUAAACUUUUGGCUUUAUUAUAAUGACAAUUUGGAUUACUUUCAAACUUUAUUCAUCAGUAAUCGCUGAGCAAAGCUACUCCAUUUCAUCUAACUACAUUCAGUUAAUGCAAUCCUGAACUCUAAAUUGCAUACAGUUCUCUUUAAAUUCCUCCGGAAAUUAGUACAGCUACUGAUUUUUCCACUAGCUUUCCUUUGUAAGUGACAGCCCUAGCUACUCCGAACCUAAUUCUUGUAAAAAUAUCUAUUUAGUAAAAAUCAAAGAAGACAAAUUUACAUUCCGAUUAGUCGAAUUACACAUAGAUUUCAUACACUGACUUUUAACUAAAAAAGUGUCAAACUGGAUGAAUAUCACUUGAAGGAGAAGUAAUGAACUUAUUUAUAUAAUGACAGUUCGCUGAAAGUCAAUCGAAGAAAAUUAAUUAUAAACCUAUCUAAUCUUACAAUUGGUUUCUUCCUAGUAUGUUGUGUUUUGGGGUUCAACAUCCUUAACAAUAAAUCAAGUUUAUUGUUUGUCUUUAAAAAUGCCACAAAUAUCAAAGUACAUCUUUGUAAUAGCGUUUAAAUCUUAUUCCUUGUCUUUUUUGAGAUUUCCCUCUUUGGUCUUGAGAGAAAGCGUAAAAUAAUUUUUACAUUCUUAAUGAUCAUUAGCAUCCAGAAGUUCUCCCAUGAAAAAAUAAAGACAAAAGCGUUAAUAGAUAAAUAUGUUUUAUUUCAUAGGUUCCCAGCAACUGUAAGCAACCAACUCUAUAUUUACAGUCAUUUAUAACCAAAUGAAUAACUCCUUCAAAGUGGGAGCAACCUCUUGAAUAUCAACAGUGCAAGUGAGUAAAUUUACAACAGUCCAAUAACCAAAGCAAUUAUUUUCUAUAUUUAUUGCUAAGUGAAUAAUGCUUAGAUAUGUCAUCUAUUUAUUUCUGUAUUUUGGUUACGCCAAUGUUUCUGUAUGAACUUACAGUUCUAGUGCUGUUAAGUUCCAGACACCUAAGAUUCAGUUUUGGUGUCGUAUUUCUUAAUAUUUGGGUCUUCAGAAAUUUCUUAUACAUAAAACGGUAUUCGAGGGUGAUUCAGAUCAUCAAAAUUGUUUAUUGCUUAUUUCUUCAAAAGAUAGUAUAGUUUCAAGUUAGUUGAUAAUCUUUUUACAUCAAAAUCGUACACUGAUAAAUCUCACACAAUUCACUCUGCAAAUAUUUUCUUGUUGGUUAAACGUUUAAUAAUAAUAACUAUAUAUUCAGCAUUUAUAAACUAGUUUAGUUUUAUUUUAUAUAAUGUAGUAUUUCGCGAUACAAAAGCUGCAUAAAUAGUUUUUUUUAUGAGCGGGAUAUUUCUUAUUCAUACUCAUAUACGAUUCGUCGUAAAGAUAGUUAUUUUUAACGUGCGUGAUUCAAUAAUCACUAUUGAGAAUAUUAUUUACUGUAUUAUUGUAAAAUAUAGUUAUCUGAUAUUUAAAUAUAUCUUUAGGUGCAAAUGAUUCUUGACUUAUUUGUUUUUUUUCUUUGUGUUUCAUUUAACAGUCAAUAAUAUACUACCCACACUACUUAUAUUAGUUGUAGUUAUUAUGGUUAUGUUUGAUUUGAAGGGUUAGGCAUUGUAUUUUCUUCUCAUUAGUUAGAAUAUAUUCUACUCUCAGUUCUAUCACACCGAUUUCCACUAGGAAUUUUAUCUUGUAGCAGUCGCUUAGUAGCUAAAUCUCUUUACCUUCAACCGUUCGAUCUUGAGCUUAAGUCGGACACAUUCACCUUGAUUUCAUAGUUCAGGCUGUAUCACUGAUCAUCACGCAAAUAGCGCGACUCAAAGUUACAGUUCAUAAACUUAUUGUUGCUCAAAUAGCUGAAUUUUUUCUUUCAAGAACCUUUUUUUCUCUCACUAAAUCUGUAUUCAGUUUUCAUGCAUGUCACAGGUUUUAACUUUAUACCAGCUACCUGGAUAGCAGUCAGUAUUUUUCAUAAAAUAAGUUUGAUAGUUUAGUAUUUAGACUAUUACAGGAUUAUCGAUUAACUUUUAUUAACAGUCAAUUAUUUUAAUUUAUUUCCCUUGUUAUACCUACCAUUCUUUGAUUUGUAUGCUUUUUUAGUAUACUAUAUUGAACUUGACAAUAAGGCGAUUGAAAUUGUUGGAAAGUAGCUUCUUUGCAAAUGCUGGAUUUCCAUGGGAAGCACUAUUUCCGUCACACCCAUGUACAUUCUACAGCAAAACUUCUCACCCGGACUUUGUAUUUGUUACUUUUAGUCUUAGUGCUCUCCAAUCGACAUGGCUAGUUUAUUAAGACUUAGAAAAAUAAGUAUGUCUGUCAAAACGGCUUGAUAGAGUGAUAUAAGUUUGGAAGUCCAACUAUCAUAUCUAGGUAGCGGAUACAGCCGAAUCAUGUCGCGGCAUGUAACAUCAAUCCAGUCUGUUUUAAAGUAUUGAUUUUAUAUACAAUAUUUUUAAAAUCUGGUCAAUGUGGAAGGUUGUUUUUUAAGGUAUCUAUUUUUCUAGUAGAAAAUUUUAUUCCAUCAACAUAUGAGAUAAUAUUUUAUGCUAUUUUUAUGUGUGACUUGGGGGUAUUUAACGUGUGUCAUCCUGAUGCUAUUUUGAUAAAGAUUAAAUAAAGGAAGGGAAAUUUUAUUUUAUGCACUUCAGAAGCUGUUUAGUGGAAGAUUAGUACAUAUUAGCACAUCUAGACUCUUUGAAUGGGCUUAUGACACCCAGGGUACCAAGUAAUUCAUGAUAUUAUCUGUGGGUACGAAGAAAAGGUGAUUUAAAUCGUAAUAUUUUUCAUUCCCUCCACCUAUAUAAAUAACAAUAAAGCUUUACCGACACUGUCGGGACAAUUUUUGUUUGGUAGUUUGCAAUUAUAUUUUUCCUUUUUUUAAUUUGUGUCCACUACUUUUCAUUAUCUUUAUGUUCCAUUUUCCCAUUAGGUAAUUACAUUUUGCUACUUGUUGAAAUAUAUUAUAAGUAAUUCAUAUGCGAUAUGUUGUUUUCAUAAUACAGUAUGAAUUACUUUAAGUAACCAGACAACAUAUCACUAUUUCGUCAGGACUCUGGCAAAAUAAAGUAAUAUUAUCGCUUUGAGAAACAAUACAAGCAUGUUCGCGGUGCGAUUCUCUCUCCCCAUGGGGAAAUUGUUUCUUGACGUGUGGUCUGCACCAGCACCUAAAGUAAUGAUGAGUGAAGUAUUCGAGCAUGUUGACCACUUCACUUACCUUAGAAGUUUCAUCAGCCUUGUUGGGUUAGAACCUGAAAAAAUCUUAGCACGGAUUCAGAAAGCUCAGUCAGCUUUUGCCAGCUUGCGUCACUUGUGGCGUGGGCGAGAUAUCCAACUAACAGCUAAAGGACAAGUUUACUGCGUAGCAUUUCUUCGCCUCCUACUUUAUGGCUGUGAAGAACGGUAUUUAAAAGUCUGAGAAAUGUGCAGGCUUCAGCGUUUUGAUCAUAGUCAUCACAGUAUUGCUAGCAUUUCGUUAGAUGACCAUGUGAGCAAUGUUCAGGUUUUUCACAGGGUAAACAAAUUUAGGAAAUUGGUUGAUGAGUUUGUAAAUCUUCGUCGUCUGAAGUUGUUAGGGCAUGUGUUGCGCAUGCGUAAUCACCGGCUACCUUGAUAAGUGAUGUUUGCUGGUGUAGAAAUUUGUUGGGAUAAGGCUAGGGACUGCCAAAAAAUAUGUAAUCAUAUCAUGGAGUCGUUGAUCUGAGUCACGAUGGUGAUGACAGACUACUCGACUGAGGUCCGCGUUAUAAACGCGAUUAACGGUUUGAGACUUUGAGUGACAUCGUUCACAUUGACCCAGAUGCAUUCAUUACAUGUAUUCCUCUCGAACUCAAAUUUCAGUAUUGAUUGGUACAAUGUUUUUUGACUCCGUCUAUUUGAAGCUUUUUAUCAGCGUUCUCAUAACCAUUGUUACUACGUUAUUUCAAUCUUCUUGAUUAUUUAUUUUCAUCUUAUCGUGCUGAUGUCGUGUGGCAUCUUGCUCUAAGACACAUCUUUGGCGAUCCUACUUUGAUGGCAACUGGACUCAAAUACUAGAGAAAUCUCAGUUUAUACUGAGUAUAUAUUUUGGGUGAUUAACUAUGUAAUUUAUGUUUAAAUACCAACUUUCAACCAAUUCAUUUGUGGAUAGCAAACAUCCCGUCAUAUGGUAAAUUAAGUUUCACUGUUGUUACCAGGCAAUGUAUUUUCUUCCCCUUCAAAUGCGCUGGUACGGCCAAGUAUGGGAAGGGUCAAUCCUCCCUCUCGAAAUGCUCUCACACGGCCACGCAUAUACAGCCAUUGCCAGGGAAGUACUGCUCACUGUCUUCUCUCGGAGGGAGCGUUGUUUACGAAAUUGAGAGGACGAAAAGCGAAUUUCCGGCAUUUCGGCUGGGUUAAAGGACACGGAGGAUCCACCUAGUGGAUUCGAAAAACCGUGAUUCCGAACCAAUGGUGCACAUGGGCUUCAAAAUUGUGAGAGAAUAAAUGACUUAUGAAUCUAUUUUUAGUCACUGACUACUUUGAACUGGAUCUCCUAACGUUGCUCCACUGCCUUAUGGAUCAGACUUUUAAGUUGAAGACUUGAGGAGUGGCUCCGUAAGGAAACUACCUGUUUUGUUUUGUUUCUCGGACAUUAUCACAGCCUUUAUACAAAUCCCUGAUAACUACUACUGGCCUUAUUGUUGUGUGGCGCAUAUGUAUUUGGUGCCUCGUUGUACCAAUGUUUUUGUAUGUAAAUAAAUAAAUAAGGUCUCUUUUUAUAGCUCUUCUUUAAUCCUUUUGUUUACUUUAUAUUUCUGACAGUUCAUCCCACGAGCAUAUUUCUUAAAAAAGUAGAAUGCUUGCUUCCGGUGCAGGGACUGGAGGUAGUAGUACACCAGAUUCAAAUGAAUUUGUUCGUGGUACUAGUCCCGAAUUUACAGACGAAUUAGGUGAACUUGUUCCAGUACUUGACUCAAUACAUUUAGUUCCAUAUAAAAAAAGUUCCCUAGUUGGUUCCUCCUCUCCUUUUGAUCCUAAAAAAGUUAAAGUUACUGUUCAGCGUCCUGGUGACCAAAAAGCCUAUCAAUGUGGACCACAUCUUAGAAAAACCAAGAAAACAGACUCAGAUGCUAUCAAAGAAAUUAAUCGUUGUCGUGAGGAGAAUACUACACGUUUAGACUUAACUAAAGGUCAAUUACACUUUCUACCACCAUCAAUACGUGAUGUCGCACAUCAUCUAAAAGAACUUUAUCUGUAUUGCAAUAAAUUAGUGAAUUUGCCGAAUGAAAUUGGCACAUUGUUUGCAUUGGAAAUUUUAAUGGUACAAGAGAAUUCAUUAAGUGAUCUACCAGAAACAUUAGCACAAUGUACACAAUUACGUGUAUUAGAUAUAAGACAUAAUAAAUUAUGUGAAAUCCCUCAAGUUGUUUAUAAACUACAUAACUUAACACAUUUAUUUCUACGUUUCAAUCGAAUUCGUGUAGUGGAUGAAGAAAUUAAAUAUUUAACCAAGCUUCAAGUUCUUAGUUUACGAGAGAAUAAAAUCCAUACACUCCCAGCUGAUCCUGGUAUCGGUCAAUUGACCAAUUUGAUUACAUUAGAUGUUUCACAUAAUCAUUUGGAGCAAUUAUCUGAAAAAAUUGGUCAUUGUCAAAAAUUGUGCACAUUAAGCUUACAACAUAAUGAACUACGUUCGCUACCGAAUACAAUUGGUGAUUUAAAAAUGUUAGAAAAUAUUGGCUUGAAAUACAAUCACUUGGAAUCAUUACCAGAUUCGUUAGCACUUUGCACAAAUCUCUUAGAAUUAAAUAUUGAAGGCAACAAUAUUUGGCAAUUACCGGAGGGACUGCUAACACAUUUGAAAAAAGUUUCCUGUGUGACAUUGUCAAGAAAUUAUUUUAAUAUUUUUCCAUCUGGUGGUCCUCAGCAAUUUACUUCAAUACAAUCUCUCAAUAUGGAGUACAAUCAAAUAACUCGAAUACCGUUUGGUAUAUUUUCACGAGCAUCAAAUUUAACUAAAUUAAAUAUGAAAGAUAAUCAAAUCGGUGCUUUUCCACCAGAUAUUAAAAGUUGGACAAGUUUAGUUGAAUUAAAUGUUGGUACAAAUCAAUUAACAAAGCUUCCAGAUGAUAUAGAAUAUUUAAUUAAUUUGGAAGUAUUAAUUUUGAGUAAUAAUCAAUUAAAACAAAUCCCAGUAACUAUUCGAGAAUUACAAAAACUACAAGUUUUAGACUUGGAAGAAAACCAUUUAGAAAGUUUACCGCCAGAUAUUGGUUAUCUAGGUGAACUUCAAAGAUUGGUGGUCCAAUCGAAUAGACUGACUAGUUUACCUCGAGAAAUUGGUCGCUUAUAUAAUUUGAUUUAUUUAGCCGUUGGUGAAAAUGAACUACAAAGUAUACCAAAUGAAAUUGGUGAUCUACAUAAAUUGGAAACAUUAUAUUUAAAUAAUAAUUUGAACUUACAUGAUCUUCCAACUGAAUUAGCUAUGUGUUGUAGUCUACAAAUGAUGUCCAUUGAAAAUUGUCCUUUAACUCAAAUUCCUGUUGAAGUUGUAACUGGUGGUCCUUCACUAGUAAUUCAAUAUCUACGUCUACAGGGCUCUUUCAGUCAUAUAUGA